UAUUGUUAUUGGUGCAAUGGUUUAUGAAAUUCGAAACGUUUUUUGCUGACAAAGAGCUAUUUUCGGGUUCGACAUGGAGCAGACCAUUAAAAUGGAAGUGAAAAUGGAAAGGGCAGAGCCCCGGGACGAGAACGAUCCGACGCCUCUGCGAGAGAGGGUUGAGGAAUCUUCUCCACAUGCCAGCGCCUUUGAGGCCGACGCCUCGGUGUCGAAAUGUGGAUGGGACAGCGAUCUGGAGGAUAUAGCACUUCCACCAACUCCGGGCGCCACAUUGCAGGCCACUGAGCCCAAGGAUGAGUUCAAGAUGGACCCCGAACAAGUGCUGCUGGAUGAACUUUUGAACGAUUUUCGAAAUAUUGACAAAGUAAUGCCAAAAGUGAAGCUGGAGGUGUGCGAUCCGCCUCCUCCGCCUCCCCCUCUUCCUUCUUCUCUUUCUUGUCCUCCUUCUCUUCCUCCUCCUCCUCCUCCUAAUUCCUCUUCUUUACCCCCCUCUAACUACGUCCUGGAUGGCAUUCCCAGCGCUUAUACGGCCCGCGACAACCUAGAGGAUAUGGAUUUGUGCAGUCUUGGGGACGCGGACAGCGAUGCCGAGCUCAUGUCCGAAAAGAUGGAGAUCCUCCGGAAAUUGGCCAUAGUGAAUGAGGUCGAUAAGGAGGGCAGUGACGAGCACAAGAAAAAGAAGAAGAGCAAGAAAAGGAAGCGCUCGCAUCGAUCGGGCAAAGAUAAGGAGGAAGAGGCUGAAAGUAAGAAGCGGCCGAGGAACAGCAGUUCCCCGGACGAGUGUCAGAAGGAGAACAAGAGUAGUAAAGGUCACCACUGGCCCGGACGUCGCAUUAAGCCCGAAAAACCAGAUCUUGAUUAUGUUCCAGUGCGAGCCGAAGAGAAGCGUCUGCGCGUCGUCAAGGCGUCCAAUCUCCUCGAGAGUCAGGCGCCGAAGGUUGUACACAGGAUAGAAAAUCUUUCAAUACACGACAAACGCCAACGGGGCGUGGCUCGGGCCAAACUGGCCCUAGAGCUGUUCCAAAAGAAGGCCAACAAGGAGGAUGAUCUCGAGGCCCUAAUGGUGGACACGAUGUGCAUGCUGCCCGUUCACGAUUCCUUUCGCAACCAAAACGGCUUUGAGAAUCCUUCGCCCCUUUGCAACAACAUGAACGUGGUGUACGAGUUCAACUCGGCGCCCGGGACACGCAUCGAUUUGGCCAAAUGGGGCUUGGAAGUACUGCCCCAUCCGAUAAGAAAGCUGUGCCGCAUCCUGGGCAUUGAUAUACAUCGCUUGAAGGAGCUCCAGAGGACGGCAACACCAUCGCAGCGCAUACUGAAGCUGAAGCAGGAACAACUAGAGCAGGGAGUGGGCUCCGAGGAAGCAGCAGCGGAUAAGGCGACGCUCUAUAAGAAUGCUGCGACCCAAACGAAUUGCCAGACUUCCACGCACGAGGCUGGGAUCCAGGUGCGCAUGGAGGCUCCACCUAGGGGUUCUACCUUCUGGCAGAAACCCGCAUUCAACGCAACAGAAAUGACUCAGCAGCAGUCCAACGUAAUGUACGCCCUGCAGGAGCUCAGUAAAGCUAUUCCGGAUGCCACCAUGGCCGAGACUCUUUACAGAAGUCUGGGCCCGGCGCUGGCCAUCAGUCGCCAUACCUCGCGCCAAUCGAAUUAAGGUUUGACUUUACAUUUGCCAAUUAUCUUUUAUAUUCUCUGGGUUUAUUUAUAAAUACAUUGCCAAAAAUUACUAUAAAUGUCCAAUAGUUUUAAGGACCGACCAGGAGUGCCUUAUAAUCUUAGGUUGAAAUACGUCAGUUAAUUUCUCGAAUAUAUAUAUAUGAAUCUCUUGCAACGCAAAUGCCAAAGUGGCGUUCAAGGCCACAAAACUUACGACAAAUCGAAUUAAUAGAUGUAUAACUACCAUCUCUCGCUCAUUGUAUUACUCUGUUUCUCACAUAUUCUUUGUACAAUUAAUAAAUACACAUACAUUAAUAACAAGUAA